AUGCUGGCGGAGGUCGCGCAGCGCAUCCGGGAGGCCCAGAGGCUGGCGGACGAGGAGGCCGGCGUGGGCCCGGCCGCCUCGUCGGGGGCCGCCGCCUCGCCGGGAGGCAGGCAGGCUGGCAGCUGGCUGAAGGAGAUGCGCAAGCAGUGCGGGCUGCGGCAGCCGAACGGGCUUCGACCAGGAUCACGAGAUCUCGAAUCGUCGCAAGACCUCGGGCAGUCGAGCGGGACGAAUUCACGGGUUGCGACCACGAGGACAAGAAGUGUGUCUUUGUCGCCGACAAGGUUGGCGGAGGCGGACGCAUUUGUGGUGCAGGCCCACGUCGCCGAGUCGGCCGAUGAGACACCCGGCUCGUCCUCGACGCGAGGGAUGGCCGAGGCGCCUUCGGCCGGAAGUCCUCCGCGCUGCGCCUGCCGCGGGAGACGCCCGACUUCGGGGCGGCGGCCGCGGCGGGCGGCGCGGCGGGCGACGCCCUGGCGCACAGCUCGCCCAUCUUCAGGGCCGCGGCGCUCGCGGACGCCCUCUCGGCGUCGGGCGCCGCCGCGGGCGCGGGCGCGGGCGCGGCCGCCGCCGCGCCCCUCGGAGCGCAGGGCCCGCGGGACACGCCGGUGUUCGGGCAGACCGAGGCGCCGCCGCAGAGGGCACGCCUGCCGGGGCUCUCGGAGGACCGCCGAUCUCCAAGCUGCUGCCGAGCCCGGCAGAGCUGAUGGGCGAGUGUGGGAACGGCCAGGUCCAGGUUGUCGACGCAGCCGGCAAAGUCCUAGGAGACUGCGCCGUAUCGGCAGCAACGGCCCCAGGUCCACCGCGGGCAGGAGGGUCCUGCCCGAGUUCGCCAAGCCCGCGGGCCACAUGCUGGAGGGUGGACUCGUCAGGCAGUCCGUUGGCGAGACGAUGUUCGAUCCUCUCCGAGAGGGAGCCGUACGACCGCCUGAGCUCGUCGGCGCCGGAAAGUUCGUCCGCCGAGAGCUCGUGGUUCAGGUGACGCCUCCCAGGCCUGCGCUCGUGGGCCAGGACGGGGCGGCGGCGGCGGCCUGCCGAGCCAGAGGGGGCGACAUCUGCCCCGCGGCCUGGGGGGCACGCACUUUCGCGCCCGAAGCGGGCGCGUCUCCGGCCGGGCGCGCAAAGCGGCCCGCCGGCGUGAUUUUUUCCCGGCCGGCUUUCUUGGCGGCCCCGCCUCGCCAGCAGGUUUUUUCGGCGGUCUCGGUGGCGUCGGCCUCGGUGUUCGCUGGCGCCGCUCCGGUAAUCGUCCUCCUGCAUUGCGCGGUGGCGCCUCGCCGAGAGUCUCGAGAAGGCAAUCGCUUUGGCUCGGGGCGGCGUCGACAGGAACCCUUGGGCCAAACGACUGCCCUGUCGGCACACCUCCGGCCUCCCCUUCGGUCCGAUGGCGAGGCCGAGGCAUGCAGUGAUGAUCCUAUUUCGAACGAACGUCGAUGGCAUUUUCGGUCUCUGGUAGCAUAG